AUGAUCUCGGAUGACAAAAAGCUGCUCAUUGGUAUUGUUGGUGCUUCUGUUCUCACUUAUGGCAUAGCUUCUCGUUUGUGGAAAUACCUGCACGCUCGCCCAGCUGCACUAGUACCUGUGGGAACAGUAAAAGAACUGUACGUGUAUCCAGUAAAAUCAUGCAAGGGAAUCAGUGUAUUCUCGUUCUAUUGUCACGAAUUGGGGCCAGUUUCUGGCGAACACUAUGACCGGCGAUUCAUCGUCAUUGACGGAAAAAGUGGCCGGUUCUAUACGGCUCGCCAAAAGCCUGUGAUGGUUACCAUUGAGUGCGAGAUACAAGACGGAAUCUUAACUUUGACGUCCAGAGACGGAGCUAGCGCAAAGGUAGAUUUGGCAGAGGUGUCCCGGAAGAACAUCAUCAGAACUGCAACGCUUCAUUCCAAUCUGCGCACUGAUGGUCUUGACUGUGGCGACGAGGCGGCCGAGUUCUUCUCAAAGGCGCUCUUCGAACCAGGUCUGAUUUCAAUGCAUGACAGGGUUAUCAUCAUUAAUCAAAGCGUUCGCAUUCCAGAUGCCCGUCUUCUCAUGUAUGUGGAUGGUCUGUUCACCGAAAGAACAUGCGUCACACAUCCCGACUGGUGGAACAAUAAUGUUCCUAAGAGGAGAGACAAUUGCGCCUAUGCUGACCUUGCGCCAUACAUGAUUACCACACAAGCUUCUUUGGAUGAUCUCAAUACCAGACUGGAGCACGAUAUGUAUUCUGACCCUGUGACCGACGACUGCCUGAAGAGCAGCGACUGCAGGCAAGUUAUACGAAUUACGGCAGUUUCGUCUUGCACCAAAGGGGCCAAUGCGAGAACAGUUCAAGGACAAACCUAUCUUUGGAGUGAAUCGUCGUGUGUGACAACGGAUUCGUAUGCUAAUGAUUAC